AUGUCACAGAGGGAGUAUCACAUUGUUGUUCUGGGAUCAGUAGGCGGGGUUGGCAAAAGCUGUCUCACCGCGCAAUUUGUGCAGAACGUGUGGAUCGAGAGCUAUGAUCCGACAAUCGAGGACUCGUACCGCAAGCUCAUGGAGGUGGACGGCCGGCAGGUCGUCCUCGAGAUAUUGGACACUGCAGGCACAGAGCAAUUCACCGCCAUGAGAGAGCUCUACAUGAAGUCCGGCCAAGGCUUCCUCCUAGUCUUCAGCAUAACCUCCAUGUCCUCCCUCCACGAGCUCGCCGAGCUACGCGACCAGAUCAUCCGCAUCAAAGACGACCCGCGGGUCCCCCUCGUCUUGGUAGGAAACAAGUCCGAUCUAGAAGAAGAUCGGGCAGUGUCGCGUGCGCGUGCCUUCGCCGUGUCGCAGGGUUGGGGAAGUCCAUACUACGAGACGAGCGCCCGACGGAGGGCGAAUGUGGAUGAGGUGUUUAAGGAUCUGUGCAGGCAGAUUAUUAGGAGAGAUGUCGAGCUGUCGCGGGCGACGGACUCGGACCCGAGGGAGGGGAGGAGGAGGAGAGAUACCCAGGACAGGAACAGGAGGAGGAGGAGCAAUCGGUCGAGGGAGCAUCGGUGUGUUAUAUUGUAG